AUGGCGCCGGCAGCUCGUAUCGCAUCGCCUCACGCUAUUAGCGCUGAGGUUAACUUGACAUUCUGCAGGUAUACCCUCAAUAUUUGGGAUGUCGGGGGUCAGAAAACGAUUCGUUCUUAUUGGAGAAACUACUUUGAGCAAACUGAUGGCUUGGUGUGGGUUGUGGAUAGUUCUGAUCUGAGAAGGCUAGAUGACUGCAAAUACGAGCUACAUAAUCUUCUGAAAGAAGAGAGGCUAUCAGGAGCAUCGUUAUUGAUAUUUGCAAAUAAGCAGGACAUACAAGGCGCUCUUUCUCCGGAUGAAAUAGCAAAAGUGCUUAACCUGGAGGCCAUGGAUAAUAGCCGGCACUGGAGAAUCGUGGGAUGUAGUGCAUACACCGGAGACGGGCUACUUGACGGAUUUGAUUGGCUGGUACAAGACAUUGCAUCACGGAUCUAUAUGCUUGAUUGAGUAAAGUUUACAUUAAAAUUUUGAUUCGUUCAAGAUAACCUUUCUAAACACUAUUUUAUGUACCAUUUGGAGUACAUUUAUGGAUAUAAAGAUCAAAUUUCUGUGUGAGGAC